GCCGCUGUACUAUUGAUUAAAGGGCAGGACUCGGGGAAAAGGCCAUUCACGCAGGGGAUGUCAACAUAUGAUAGAACAGUUAAAAUGAGCAAACUGCAACUUUCCUCAAUUAAUUAAAUUCCGAUGAUAAAACCAAAAACAGUAUAUUCAGACGAUAUGUCUCUGUUUACGGAUAGUUCCAUUUACAAGCGAGUGGCCUUCGUUCUGUCCAUACUCGGGCUGGCGGUGGAAUUCCUAAGCUUUGUGUCCCCUUUCUGGAUUUCUAAGACUUACAAGAACGGCACCGCGAUAAAUGUGGGCCUGUGGCUGACCUGUGUAAAUCUAGACUGUACCGGCAUCAGCAACAGCCCAGCUUGGUUGACUGUGGCAGCUGUGUUUGAUCUUCUGUCCCUUUUGUUCGGAGUGACAUGUAUCGUCUGCCUUUCUCUCUUUAUCUUCAAACCCCAGUUUCUUCCAAAAACAAGAAGAUGGCCGCUCGUCGUCAUCAUUAUAUUUUCAUUCGUGGAAGCAUUAUUGCAGCAGAUUGCUUGUGGUGUUUUCCUUAAGGCGGUACACGAUUCCCCCCAGCCCUCGGGUCUGUUACCAGAGAACGCUUUCGCGAGUCUCUCGUGGGCCGCGGCCUUCAGCGUCAUCGGCGUCAUUCUCUACUCAGUCGUCUGCAUCCUGCUGUUUACGGAUCUCGUCAGAAUAUGUUUUGCUGCUACGAAAUAA